UUCUGUAUUUUCACAUCGAGAAUUCUUUGCAGAUAAAAAGAUGUCGAAAGGACUUCUAACUUUGCAAAUGAAUCCUUCUACAUCCAUGGGUUUUAUUAAGUUAAUGAUUUUAAAAUUCUUAAAUGGGAACAAUGUUUAAAAGCGCCAGUUAAUUUGACGUGGGAAUUAAUAAAAUCCAUUAAACCCGCCCCCUGGUUUUCCUUUCCCAAUCCAAAAAUUCUUUCUAAUAUUACAACUUCUGCUCUGUCAUUUGCUUAUGAAAUAAAAAAAAACCUAACAUUGCUCUCUCUAGUUUCCUGCUAAAUCAAAAUAAUGGAGAAUAGUGUGGUCCAAGUUAAGCCCUUAGUCUCCAAGAAGCGUGGCCGGGAAGGCAAACAAGAAGUUACAGAUGGUGCGGAAACAGGGCAAGUUAAUCGAACUGGAAAUGUCGACGGAGAUAAUCUGAAAAAAGACGCAAUCAAAGUUAAACCUAAGCGAAGUAAACAGUACACGGAAGAGUUUUGCUUAAUGUGCCAUCAAUGUCAGAGGAGUGACAAGGAGAGGAUCGUUCGUUGCCGAAAUUGCAAGACCAAGCGAUACUGCGUUUCAUGUUUGAAGAACUGGUAUCCUAAGAUGUCGGAGGAAGAAGUUGCCAAGGCUUGUCCAUAUUGUCUUAAAAACUGCAAUUGUAAAGCUUGCUUGCGUGAUACUCCAAAAGAACGUCUGAAUCGUCUACGAGAUCUGAAAGUUGAUGAAGAUAAGAAAGUAAUGCACUGUAAGUAUUUAGUCCAAGCCCUUCUUCCCUUCCUGAGGCAAUUAGAUGAAGAACAAUUAAUGGAGAAAGAUAUUGAAGCUAGGGCAAAAGGUUUGUCCCCUGCAGAUAUAACGAUACAAAAUGCUGAUUGUCCUAACAAUGAGCGCAUCUACUGCGACAGCUGUAGAACCUCUAUCUUUGAUUAUCACAGAAGCUGUACCAACUGCUUUUCUGAUAUCUGCCUUGUCUGUUGCCGAGAGAUCCGCCAUGGACAUCUACAGAGAAGUGACCAGGAAGUAGUUAUGGAGUAUAUUGAUAGAGGGUUUGAAUAUUUGCAUGGUGAAAAAGGGAUACAUAAGAAAACAGAUAAAUUACUAUCCGGAAAUGAAUCUGUGAACCAUGAGUCAAGUUCAGGAUGGAAAGCAAACGAGGAUGGAAGCAUUGCUUGUCGGUGUGGUAUUGGCUAUUUAGAAUUGAAAUCUUUGUUCUCAGGAAAUUGGGUAUCAGAUAUAUUGAAGAGAGAGGAAGUUGUUAAAAAAAGAAGAGAGGAAGAUGUUAGACAUGAUUGUGAACUUGACCUGGUUAAAAUUCCGUCAAAGCAAUGCGCGUGUUUUAAUUCCCGCAGAGAUGUUGACAUAGGGAAUAGUCAAUUGUUAAAAGCAGCAUCUCGGGAGGAUACCAAUGACAAUUUUCUGUACAAUCCGAUGGCCAUAAGUAUUAAAGAGGAGGAUUUGACCCAUUUCCAAUACCAUUGGAUGAGAGCUGAGCCUGUGAUUGUUAGCAAUGUUCUCGAAACUGCAACUGGCUUGAGUUGGGAGCCUAUGGUCAUGUGGCGUGCCUUCCGCCAGUUAAGUCAUGAAAAUUAUGACAGACUUAUGGAUGUCAAAGCUAUCGACUGCUUGGAUUGGUGUGAGGUAGAUAUUAAUGUUCACAAAUUUUUUGAUGGAUACUUGACUGGGCGUCUUGACAAAGAGGACUGGCCUCAAAUACUGAAAUUGAAAGAUUGGCCUUCUUCUACUAUGUUUGAUGAACUUUUGCCCCGACAUGGUGCUGAGUUUAUUCUUUGUUUGCCUUUUAAAGAGUAUACACAUCCUGAGAAUGGACCUUUGAACCUUGCUGUUAGAUUGCCCAAGGGCUCUUUGAAGCCAGAUAUGGGGCCAAAGACAUAUAUUGCCUAUGGACGCACUCAAGAACUUGGGCGUGGAGAUUCUGUGACGAAGCUUCACUGUGACAUGUCAGAUGCGGUAAAUGUGUUAACACAUACAGCUGAAGUGAUCCUUAAACCUGAGGAAGUUGCUGCUACAAAAAGACUUAAAGAAAAGCACAGGAAGCAAGACCUUCGAGAACUUUAUGGUAGCAAUCAGGUUUCGGAAGAAGACGCUGAUGCUGAAAUGCAUAAAGUUUGUGUUGGCACUUCAAUUGACAAAGAGAGGCCAGACGAGGGAGGUGCUGUUUGGGAUAUCUUUCGGAGAGAAGAUGUUCCUAAGUUGCAGGAAUAUCUUAACAAGCACUUCAAAGAGUUUAGGCACAUUCACUGUUGCCCAUUGCAGAAGAUUGUUCAUCCUAUUCAUGAUCAGACCAUGUAUUUGACUCUAGAGCAUAAGAGAAAGCUGAAAGAGGAAUAUGGCAUUGAGCCGUGGACAUUUAUCCAAAAACUCGGCGAUGCAGUCUUUAUUCCUGCAGGCUGUCCACAUCAAGUGAGAAACUUAAAGUCGUGUAUAAAGGUAGCAAUGGACUUUGUUUCCCCAGAAAAUGUCGGUGAGUGUAUCCGUUUGACUGAGGAAUUCCGUUUACUGCCCCAAAAUCAUUUAGCCAAAGAGGACAAGUUGGAGGUUAAGAAAAUGUGUCUGCAUGCUUUGGAAUGGGCCUUUGAUGUUUUGGAGGGUAUUGAAGUUGAAGUUGAAGAGAAAAAAACUGAGGAAAAGAAAUCCAAGAGAAGAGGUAAAAGAAAGGCAUAAUUUGGUGGUGUAGCAUUCACGUAAGACCAGCAAAUGCCAAAAAUGAUCCCAGUGGCUAUAUAUUUUGGUCUGUUUGGUAGGAUUAUUUUGCUAAAUUUGUGACUUGUGCUGUAUAUAUCAUCAAUCUUAUUGCAACAUCUCAUCGUGCAUUCUGUUCUGUCUACUUUCAGACGGUAGCACAAGGGUUUCCAUUUGUCUUUGGGACUGAUAUGUAAUGUUUUUCUUAUCUAUUGUUAUCUAUAGCCACAUGCAUUUUAACGCAUCAAAUUGGUUAACCACUCACCGAAAUGUAUCCGGACUUAAUAACGAUGAAUUGCUUAACCUAGUUUAUAGUUUAGUUGAAUUGAUUUCGUUUGACUUUGUUCAUACUGAACUCUAUGCCUUUUACAA